GCACACAGAGACGAACAAUAAUUAACUUUGGCACACUUUACACACAGGUCAAAGUCCACCUGGAACACACUGGGACAGCCUACAUCUCAUCUGGAAGUUAAAGAAUUCCGCUGGUCGCCGCCUCUGACCCGGACUGUCAUGGAUCAGUUUGUGGGUUUAACUGUGAGGGAAACCCUGGAGCAGAUUUCAGCUUCUUUAGGCUGCAGUCCGACCUCCAAAGAAGUGGCCUCGUUCCUCGACCAACACGACCAACUGCGUCACCUCAGGGCGGAGUUCAUCCUCCCGAAAAUCGCAGAUUCAUCACAUGCUGACCUUUCGCUUGUCGACGGCACCGAGGAAUGUGUCUAUCUGGUGGGAAACUCUUUGGGUCUCCAACCCAGGAUGAGUCGAAAAUAUUUGGAUGAGGAGCUGGAUAAGUGGGCCAAGCUCGGCGUUUACGGUCACAUGGAAGGAAGGCGCCCGUGGGCGUGGGCCGAAAAUACUGUUGAAGGUCUGAUGGCUGAUGUCGUCGGUGCAAAACCAAAUGAAGUGGCAAUAAUGAACGGGCUCACCGUUAAUCUGCACCUUUACUGCUUUCCUUUUACAAACCCACUGCAGCUCGCCACAAAAUUCUCUCUGGAGGACAAAGCUUUCCCUCGAUCACUACGCGUGGAAUCUCAGAUCCGGCUGCGCGGGUUCGAGCCCCAGCAGAGCAUGUUGCUGCUGUCGCCCAGACCGGGGGAGGAGACUUUGAGGACGGAGGACAUACUGAGCAUCAUAGAGAAAGAGGGCGACUGCAUCGCUGUGGUGAUGUUCAGCGGAGUUCAGUACUACACGGGUCAGCUGUUCGACAUGGCCGCCAUCACUGAGGCAGGACACAAAAAGGGCUGUUACGUCGGCUUCGACUGCGCCCACGCAGCGGGUAACGUGGAGCUAAAGCUGCACGACUGGGGGGUCGACUUCACCUGCUGGUGCUCGUACAAGUAUUUAAACUCAGGUGCUGGAGGUCUCGCUGCAGCGUUUAUCCACGAGAAACACAACGACACCAUCAAACCAUCACUGAUGGGAUGGUGGGGACACGACCUAAAAACCCGUUUGCAAAUGACCAACGUGAUGGAGCUGCAGCCGGGAGUGAGCGGCUUCAGACUGUCCAACCAGCCCAUCCUGCUAGUGUGCCCCCUGCAGGCCAGCUUAGAGGUGUUUCAAAAGACCAGCAUGGCGGCUUUACGCAGGAAGUCGCUCCUCCUGACGGGUUACCUGGAGUAUCUGAUCCAGCAGCAGUACUGGGAGGACCCGGCCCGAACCGACAAACCCCACGUCCACAUUGUGACCCCGUCUGACCCCCAGCAGAGGGGCUGCCAGCUCUCACUGUCCUUCUCCAUCCCCAUCAGGAAAGUCUUCCAGGAACUGAAGAAAAGGGGCGUGACUUGUGACCUGCGGGAGCCCAACGUGCUGCGCGUCGCUCCGGUCCCGCUCUACAACUCCUUCAGUGAUGUUCACCGUUUCAUUGAAACGCUCGCCGCCGCGCUCAUCACCAGCAGCCAAUCGCAGUUCAGCUGAGGAAGAACUCAAGACUGCUCACAAUCGAAGAAUGUCUCCUUUAAAAA